GUUUUGACCGUUGAGAACAACGGUCUUUUCAUAUUGCAGGUUUUUUAAACUGCGCUUCUAAAUAAAAUUAAUUAUUAUUAAAAUGCUGCAAAAUGAUGCAGUGCGUACUUUGCAAUACGAUAGCGAAAUUCGAGUGGCGCAAACAUCGAGUUCUACAGAGCCCAGAGUUUAUGACUCUCAAAUCAGCAUAACUUCACAGCCGCGUCCAACGUCAGAGGCACCAAGAAUUCCAUUGCCCAUAUCUACAGUGGCUGGCAGUCGAACAUUCAUUCCCUUGGCUGGUUACGAUUGUCUUGCGGAUUUGCCCUCGGUGCACAUUGAGCAAACAUUCGAGUUGAACGAUUCUCUCACAGCUGUCUCUUCGGAGAAUCGCUAUGUGGUGCGUUCACCACUUGGCGAUGCCAUCUUUGCCGCCUCCGAGAGCUCCACAGAGAACAAUCGCAUGAUUUGGGGCGCCGGUCGACCAUUUCAGAUGCAUCUGCUGGACAAGACACAUCAGGAGGCAUUAGUAUUCCGCAAGAAGCUGGCACUUGGCGCUAUUUGUUGUCAGCCCAAGAAUCUGGAGAUUUGGAUACCGCCCGGCAAUGUGCUGGGCCGUGUGGUGCAGUCACCAACGUUUACCCAGCCCGAGUUCUAUAUCGAAGAUGGUAUGACCAAUCAGCCCAUUUUCUGUGUGGAGGGACCAUCAAAUUCCGGUUUCUGCUGCUACUGCUUACCCAAGGAGUGUUACUUUAAGAUCCACUCGGGAGGUGAUCUGCGCGCCUCAAUAGAUCACAAAUGGUUGGCCAGCAAAUCGCAGUAUACCACCAAUAUUUACUAUAGCGAUGUCAAGCUAACGGCAAAGGAGCGUGCUUUGAUUCUAGGCUCAGCCUUCUUGCUGGAAUACAUGUACUUUCAAAAACGCUUUUAAAAAUAAACCAAAUCAAACAAUUUAAAUGUAA